AUGGAUACCCACCGGGUACAGAUGUGGGCGAGGGUGGACCCGUUUCUAAUCGGAGUCUUGCAGUUUCCUCCGCCGGCUAAAUUCAACCUGCAUUACCUGAGGAAGAUGGCAACGUACGUACGGACUCGGUCAGUGGAUGGCUGCUUCCCGCGCCUCUGCUGGACUAUGUGGCGGCACAUCGCCUGCGGGAAGCUGCAGCUGCUGGAGGACGUGGCGUGGCUCUAUUUCGAGGCGUUCCACAGCCUGUCCGAGCGCAGCGCGCCAAAGAGCCUGGAGUGGGCUGAGGCGGCGUCCAGCUGCAAGUCGGUGGAAGAAUACGAGAGAGUCAGGAGUAAGCUGUCAGUGGACACCUUGAAGUUUCUUCUGUUUCUCUAUAUUCAGCAAAUAAAUAAGGUUUCCUUACGAACUUCUCUGAUUGGUGAUGAGUGGCCAAGCCCUAGAGCUAGAUCUCCUAAUCCUGAUUUAGCUGGACAGUCUAACUUUCAUAAUAAGAACUGGGAUGAUUAUAGCCACCAUGCAUUUAUACAGAACCAUAUGUCCUAUCUAUUGGAGUUGCUUUUGGAUCCAGAUCAGCUUACUAAAUCCUACCACUCAAGUGAAUGCAGCCUGUUGUCCAUUGGUGCAGCGCGAGCAUUGGGCUUUCUUAUUGAGGGAACUAUGGAUAAGAAUAGGACUGUCCAUCCUUUUGUUGAUUUAGCUACCUGGCAGCCUUUACAUUCCAAAAGUGGUUACUCUAAAACAACCGAAUCAUUUUCACUGAGCAAGCUACAGGCAUGGAUAAAGGAUAGUUUCGUGAUAAACCCAUUUGGAAUGUCAGCCUGUGUCAAGUCUGGUAAAACGUUAGCAUGGGCAGAGCAAAUUGAUGGAUCAAGUAGAAGGGCAAAGAUUGCUUGCAACAUUUACAAAGUUCCACCUGGUAAUCAUAUGGUUGUCAUGAGUUACAUAUGCAGACAAACAAUGGCAAAAAGUUCUGAAACGCUGGUCAAUGCACGUGUAAAAAUAGUUAACUGCAAUGAAUCCUAUAUAUAUCUGUUGUCUCCUUUAAGGUGA